CGAGGCGGACCGUUCCUACCUCCGGUUGCGGGACUUCGGGUCAGUUUGAGAGGCGGGCUCCUCGUGCGGAGGAGGGGAGCAAACACGUCUGCCCUGUGGGGGGGAGAAAUGGAGAGAUGUCACGGUCCCAGCUGAAACAUGGGAGCGAGGGCGUCGGUGGCGUUGUGUAACGACCCGUCUUCGGUGAGGAUCCUGAGGCCCAGCGCUAAGGUCAGCCCGCGGCCCACUGGUCCCACUCUGGACUGGGAGCCUGAAGUGGCCUCCAGCUGUGUGUUUGGUGUUGACUUGGAAACGCUGAGGGAGGAAGGGCAGGUGGUCGGUGGAGUGCCCCUCGUGUUAAGAGACAUGGUGGAGUUUCUGGAGAGGAAUGGAAUGCAUCACAGGGGUUUGUUUCGUCUGUGUAGCUCGGUGGCGCGGACCCGGCAGCUGAGGAAGCUGUGGGACCACGGAGAGCGGGUGGGUCUGGAGGAAGAGGCCGAUGUCCCCACUGUGGCCUCGCUGCUCAAACUCUUCCUCCGGGAGCUGCCCACCCCCGUGGUGCCUGAACCCCAGCGCCAACAGCUCCUCCUGAGCCUUUCAGGAUAUGCAGAAGAGGCAGAAUUGAAGCAGUCUCUCACGGAGAAACUUCGCCACCUCCCUGCCGACAACCUCAUUAUUUUGUCUUACCUCAUCCACUUCCUGUCCAGAGUGGCUGCUCACAGCCAAACAAAUCACAUGCCCGUGGAAAACCUGGCAACCAUCUUUGGGCCUUGUAUAUUUCACGUUCCAGCCGGACCCAGGAUGCUGGAGGAGCAGAGUGUGUGUAAUGCCCUGUUGCUCCAUCUUCUCAAGCACCAGAGCGUUCUCCUUCCAGUCCCAACCAAGAACACUCUAGUCCCCUCCAUCACCUCCUCUUCCAUCGCCUCCUCCUCCAUCGCCUCCUCCUCCAUCGCCUCCUACUCGAUCGCCUCCUCCUCAAUCGCCUCCUCCUCACCACCUCCUCCUACUCUCUCCGCUCUCUCACACUUUGAGGUCCGACCCAGCAGCUGUCACCCAGAGCAGAGCAGUGUGGACAGAUUGGAGGGAGACACCACGAGUGCUUGUGACCAAACAGUAUGGAUCCGAGCUCAACUCAAAAGAGCUGACACUCUGAUGCAGAGUUGUGAAACCAGCUCUGACGUCAGUGCUGACAUUCAGAGGCUGAUUUCAGACCGGCAGGCUCUGGAAGAGAAGGGGAAAAGUACGGGGGCAGGCUGUGUGCCCUUCCGCCUCGCUGACCCAGGGCCAGAGCACCAUCUGCACCAGAGGGGACCAUUUCAAAAGGUUCAUGAGACACCAUCAGAGUUGAUGUGUACCACAGUGGGGACCUUUUUACCGUUCAACUCGUCGUCAAAAGAGAAAGAGAGGACAGAAGGAAACAAGGAAGAGGACAGACGGACACCGUCCUCGUCCAUUAGAGAUGACUCUUCACUGGCUUCUACAAAUCCAGGGAGGACAUCUGUGUCCGACUGCUGCAUAGCCAACGGAUCACAGAGAAAAACCCAUGUGCAGAGUCAGCACACAGAGAGUCUGCUGUGCUGCAUCGAGUCAAAGACAGAAGACAAAAGCAAAGGGCCUGAUGGGAAGGGGAGAAGAGGAGGAGGAGGAGGAGGAGGAGGAGGAGGAAGUCGUGGUUCUUCUAACACUCUAAAUGAUUGCAGAGGCAGGAACAACGGUCAUGACAGCCCCUUCCUCAAGCUACAAGCCCUGGAGGCUGAGUCGGGAUCUCCGCCAGCGGCAGGAGACCCCCGAGUUGGGGACAGCCGUCCAGCUGAGCAACAGCCUUUUUCUCCUGAAGAGCAGAGUCUGUAUUUGAGCCACAAGCCGUUCCUCCACUUGCCACCAUCACCACCGGCUCAGGAUUAUAACACGGUGGACCUAUCCCAGCCUGUAGAGACACCUUCCCCUCUUUCAUCGGAGUCCAGUCCCGUCCCCUCCACUGCUACUCUUUCUGAGGACAUGUCAGGGGACGAUACCCUGUCGAGCACAACAUGGCCCAACACCAGCCCGCUCCUGUCCUGUUUCACGACGGCCGACGGCCCCGUUCCCUCGCCGCGCUGCCCCAACCUCAGCCACAGCCUGCGUUACAACUUAGACCCGGAGACGGCCCCUUCUCCACCGAGUUCACAACACAUACACAUGGCUCGCUGCAGCAUCCACCCAGAGCCAGACGAGGGCUCUGUGACCGUCUCUGUGCUCAACAGACACAUCCACACCCUGAGGAGGAGGAUCAGGCAUUUUGAGGAGCGUUUCGAACAGGAGAGGCACUAUAAGCCUGCUCAUAAUGACAAAACCGCAGAUCCAGAGAUGGCCAGACUAAUGAAGGAGCUCAUUAAGACUCGCAAGCAGCUUAAAGAGCUAAAGCUGAGACAAACAGAGGAAGCCGGGCUGAGAGGACGGGGACGUUUCAAAGCACGCAGGACCAACACAGACCAGGGCGAGGCAGCACAGACAGGGACGGAGCUGCAGCAGCUCAACAACAACGGCAACACAAAGCCAAACGUGGAGGAAACCGUCAACAUGAUAACCAACCGACUGAAGGAGAGACGGAGGGAGCUUCGCCUGCCCGACCACAUUAAGGAGAUGACUCAUUACCAGAUGACCAUGGAGAAAACUAGCAUGCAGAAGUGUUUGCUCUACUUUGAGAGUCUGCACGGACGACCGACUACAAAGCAGGAGCGGACGCUCAUGAAACCUUUCUACGACCGAUACCGUCUUCUCAAGCAGCUUCUGCUUUUUUCUGCGGCCUCGACCGUCAUCACGACCAUAGAGGAAGAGGAGGACUCUGAUGAAGGUCACCCCAAACAGCGCAGCCCCAGGCAGCAGCCAGAUUGGCUUAAAUCUCCCAGGUGUGCUUCCUCAGACGAGCUGCUGCAGCUGCCUUCGUUGGAGAUGUCCGAGACGCCUCUGGUGUCCCCGCUGGAGGAGACCAGGAGUCUCCAGCCGCAGAUCAUCACCCUGGCUACAUUACACGAAGCUUCCAGAUCAGAAUUGCUGGAUCACCUCAGAGUCGCUCGAUCAGAGAAGCGGAGGCUUCACAAAACCCUCCGAGAGUUUGAAAACCACUUCUACACGCAGACCGGCAGGGCUUGUCAGAAGGAGGACCGAGGACAGAUGGCGGAGGAGUACUGCCAGUAUAAGAACCUCAAAGCGAAGCUCCGCCUACUGGAGGCCCUGCUCAGUAAACAACAGGACUCAGCCAAGGUCAUUUGAGUUGACUCACAGUGGGACUUUAAUGUAACUUAACAGGACUGGAUCAGAUCUGAGAAGCUGGUGGGCCUGGUCUGUUCUGUUUUUUUUCUAUGCCAUGCUCAUUAUGUGGACGCACUUUACAUGAGGAGAGCGCUGAUGGAAGAUGGAGAGAAUCUGACUGAGUCCUUUAUCAUGUCGUGACACGUCUCGCUACAAACCCGAUGUAGCACGUGUAUCUCAUGUAGCAUUAGUCUGUAUCAAAGAUGAAGUGCUGUAACUACUUGAUGUUAGUUACAUAUUAGUUAUUUUAAGAUGACCGUACGUAUAUAGCUAUCGCACUUUGCCUUUUUUUUUUUCUUGCCAAAGUUCUAUUUUUGGACAACUGUGUCCAUAGUUCAUGUGGAGACUGCAUUUUUUUUUUAAGUCCUUUCUUUGUAAAACAAAAGGCGAAUGUUUAAAUGCAAUCAGUGAGACAAUCCUGUCGUGGCUGUGCAUGUCAGUUUGUUUGUGUCCUGCGUUGUGCUAUGAAAUGCAUUCUGAAUUUUAUAGUGAAUCUAAAUCGUGACCAUGUAAAUGAUGGUGAACCUUUGACAAUGUGGUGCAAGUUUUACUGCUGUCGAAUUUGUCUUCCCCCCCAUUUUUUGCCUUUGUUUAAUUAAUUCCCCAUAAAUGCUGUUGUUGACAAUGAUCAGAGUGUGUGACAUUGUGCACUUCUGGUUUAUAUAAUUUUCUAUAUAUAUACAAUAUAUAUAUAUAUAUGAAUAUCAAUAAAAAAUAAAUAUUUUUUCACAUUUAUUCUGCUAAACACAGUUCAUGGUUCUACUUUCUUUGCACUGACUACAGUAAAAGAAGAGCGAGUGUUACAGAACGGUUGCUAAGUUAGAGGUCAGCUUUCAGAACUGCAUCAUGCUUUGCUGCUUCUUCAUGAGAAGUUCACAUGAGAACACAUUUAUUUGUUGGUUGUUUCAUUAGAUUCCACAGAAGUUUCAUGUCUGGUUUUCAACACCUUUGGUUUAAAGAAAGAUGACCGUUGAUGCUGCGGCCUUAGAAUGUUGUAGUACCAUUUCAUGCCACUAGUAGUAGGAGGUAAAAAAAAAAAAGAA